UGUUUCCGUUUGCUAUUAAUGUCGCGUUAGCUACUUGCAAAUCGAAUAGACAACAUUAGGCUAUUUUUAACAAAUUUAUGUAGUAUUCUUACGGUUAAAGUUGUGCCGGUAAGUAGUUUGGCGACCGUCGCUUGUGGUUAAGCUGGAUAUAUUACGAUAAAUUAAUUGGGGUCUCUUUAACCUAGCUGAGUGGCCGUUUUUGUGUAGUUUAUGACCAUUUGAGCGGAUUGUUUUGCCUCACAGUGUGCCCCAUGCGUCCAGUAUGAGCGGGGGUUUGGCACCAAGCAAAAGCACUGUAUAUGUUUCGAACCUGCCAUUCUCUCUGACCAACAGUGACUUACACAAGCUGUUCACGAAAUAUGGGAAAGUGGUAAAGGUUACAAUAGUUAAAGACAAAGUCACUCGGCAGAGCAAAGGAGUGGCGUUUGUUCUCUUCCUGGAUAGAGAAUCGGCUCAAAACUGUGCAAGAGCAGUGAACAACAAGCAGUUGUUUGGCAGGACAGUGAAAGCCAGCAUUGCCAUAGACAAUGGGCGAGCAACUGAGUUCAUAAGGAGGAGAAACUACACAGACAAGACCAAAUGCUACGAAUGUGGGGAUUCAGGACAUCUGAGCUACGCCUGCCCCAAAAACAUGCUAGGAGAGAGGGAACCUCCGAAGAAAAAAGAAAAGAAAAAGAAGAAAAAGGCUCAACAACCCGAGCAUGUUGAAGAAGAGGAGGAAAGCGAAGAAGAGGGAGAAGACCCGGCGUUGGACAGUCUUAGCCAAGCCAUAGCUUUUCAACAAGCCCAUAUGGAGGAAGAAGAGAAAAAACAGAAGAGACCGCAUACGCCUCAAGAGGACAGUCCUGAUGCUUCAACUUCCUCAGACAAGAAACCAAGGAUCAAAAAGAGCGCAUAUUUCAGUGAUGAGGAGGAGCUCAGUGACUGAUCAUUUACAGACUUUCAGCAACAAAUUUUUGCAGAGUAUUGAAUUCAUUGUUUUUGCAUUUUUUCCCCAGUAAUGUCUGUUAUUAAGCAUCUGUAUAAUAGCUGUGGGCUUGAAUGAGUGUGUGUUUUUUGUUUUAUGUUGGUCAAUAAAAUUUUUAAUGAC